AUGUCCACUCUUGCGAUACUUGUACAGGUCAGUGGCCUGGUCGUCGCGUCCAUGUCGGAUCCAGAUUCCUGUCAUGACGUGGCUGUGGUGGGAGGGGGAGUGGGAGGGGCGUACACAGUAUGGCGACUUCGUAACCAGGGACUCCGUGUCGGUUUAUACGAGUUCUCGGACCGAUUGGGUGGCAGAUACCACACACACACUUUCCCACAAGCUCCGGACGUCCCGGUUGAACUAGGAGCAAUGAGAUUCAAUAAGGAAAAACAUCCAGUUUUGUAUCGUACCACUCAGAAGGUCGGAUUAAAGACAGAGUUAUCUGUAGGUCCAAAUCCUUUGACGAAUAAGGGUGCUUUGUUCUACCUUAGGGGUCGAUACCUCCGUAAGGAUGACUUUAAGGGAGACCACGUGCCCUACAAUCUACGUCCACAUGAGAGACGUGGAAUACACGAAAUUUACAGGUAUUUAAUACAGCACACUAACUUCAGCGGAAAUAUCUCUUCAAUUGACCAGGAACAGCCAUACCUUAUUUCAGAAGAUGGUGUUAAAUUGGAACACCAGACGAUUCAGGAGUUCCUGAGGAAAUACCUCAGCACAGAAGCAGUGGAAAUGGUAUCAAAUGUGAUAAAGACAUUCUUAUACAAUAGGUCAGCUGCCUCAGUAAUGAAGUACAUUAUAAGUCAUGAAAAGUUUGCCGGCUACGAUUGGUUGAAAAUAUCAGGAGGUAUGCAACAACUUCCUCUGAAGCUUGUGGAGCAAUUCCUGUCCGCAGGCAUGAAGCAUCAUCUCCAUCUUAACCACAAGCUGGUCAGUAUCUCAACAACGGGGAACAUGAAUAUUCUAAAGUUUGUGACGACAAGAACGAUCGACGGAGAAACACGUCCGAAUGAUCAGUUUGUCACUGUUUGUAGCAGAAAGGUGAUACUAGCUAUUCCUACCCCUGCUUUGCUUCAUAUAAACUGGAAAGUUUUACAGAAACGACAUAUUCAGGCAAGUUUGGACACCGUGAGCUACCAUUAUGCAGUUAAAUUGUAUUUAGUGUAUGAUCGCCAUUGGUGGAAAGGCAUCUCGAAUAAAUUUAAGUCAAUCUGUGGAAGUUUGAAUCCAUAUUGUUAUCGGCAAAAUUACUGUUGGCCAAAGCAAGCCACGCGACUCUACUGUUGCUGGUGUGACGCAUAUGGACAGUACAUGAGGUAUAAUUCCGACCUGCCUCUGGACAGGACGAUAGAUUUCGGGGUAUCUAAAGAGACAGGAGCAGCUGUUUUGUUAGUUGCGUUCUCUGUACACGAUAUAUGGAACGAGCUACAGAAGCACGGUGAUUACUUGUGGGCGAUAAAUCAGAGUGUUUCAAGUGAAGUAGUGCGCCACGCCCAUCUGUACCUGGCGAGGCAAUACCAGAUCCCCGUUAGAAGCAUUCCUGCCCCCAUCGGUGGUCUAAUAUCUCAGUGGGAUGAUUACCCUUACGAAGGGUCCUACUCAAGCUGGAAAAUAGGUGUCGAAUGGAGGCAGGUCUGGGAAAUUAUCCACAGACCUUCUAUGACCGAUGACAUUUUUCUCGCAUCGGGAACCUACUGGGAUUAUGAUUCUGAUAUAUGGACAGAAAGUUGCCUGGAGGCUAUUGAUGAAAUAAUGUACAGAUAUUUCUGA